AUGUUUCAAAGUAACGGCGUCAAGGAAGCAGUCGCUCGCCCAUUCAAGCCGCUUCCUCCCAUCGUCACCAAACGGCAGUCGGCACAUGCAUUGAGUCAUGGUGAACACCUCAUGUCUUCCAUUGAUCGUCCUUUACGCGACCAUCUUACGGCCCUGGUGCAAAUGUGGCUCGUCAAUGCCAACCUACCGUCAUCUCUUAGCGACUCAUUGAUAUCAACGCUAUUGCCACUUGUUCGUUCCUGGAUCGAUGGCGAACAAGAUAUUACAGUUGUUGAUACGGCAUCCUGUUCUUCGAUAUUCGACUCGAUCUUCAUCCAAGUUCUCAACAUAAAAUCCAUGAGCGAUUCACGCUUUUUGCCUGGUGUAUAUCAUGGCGACCCAUUGUCGGCGAUAUCAGAUGGAUUAGGAGGAUCGCAAUGCGAGUGGCUACACCAUGCUGUGGGGGGAACAAUCCGGAUAUAUGGAGCACCUAAUGGACCAUCAAAAGACGCCUUGAUCAAGAUUGUCGUUGCAUCUGUUUAUACUUUAUGGAGCUUAUGGUUGGAGGCACAUGUCUUGCAUGAUUCACAAAUCCGUAUCAGCGGGAUCAAUCGCAAAGCAUCAUCACCAACAACACCGACAUCGCCACUUAAUGAUGCACCAGCAGCAACAGCAGCAGCAAGAAAGGGCGUAUUGUGGUGGUUGCUAGGUUCAUCCAAGGAGACGACAUCACCGGUUGUGCAGAUUUCCAAAAAGGCCAUUCGCCGGGCGUCUUUGAUGAAAAAGGAUAUCAAUUCAACCCCCACUGGGAUACCUUUGGACAAUGACCAACAUCGUUUUGCCAAGCUUCGUAAACAACUUGAGUCAGCAAGGAUUUCAUCUUCGCCUUAUUGCAACUAUGCCAUUCCUCAGCUUAUUUCAAGACUUCAGGAUGAAGAAGACGGCCUUGCAACUAUACGUUCGGUUAUGCGUGAAUCUAUCAAUAACAGCAAAUCCAAAUCCAUUGGAGGAGGAGGACCAAUACAACGACGAUCAUCUUUAUUAUCAAUCAUCAGCCAUUAUCACCAUGAUCAUCAUUCACCACAACAACAGCAACCCUCUUUACGUCUUCCUCAAUCCAUUGCAGCUUAUUCGCCUUUACGUGUACCGGGAAGGAUAUGUGAUAAGAAGUUGGGAUUGGAUUCGCUUUAUUUGGAUACACAAUCAGUCGAUGUUUACAUGAAGCACCAACACGGCGCAUUCAACUAUACUUGUUACCCUAUUGGUUGUCCACAGCAUCCGUGCGCAGGGCCACUUUUGAUCACCGUUGACUUUUUCUCUUUUGGACAAAAGAGUUCCAAUUUUGGAGAUAUGCCCCUUGGUCAGGCUAUCCAACGCUGGUGUGAACACGCUCACAAGUCAUGCAAGAGUUUACAGCAGCAGCAACUGGAACACGUAUUGCAGCGUCCACCCAACAACCAGCAGCAAUCACCUACAGCUACUUCUGAUAGCACCGAGUCAUCAUCAUCAUCAGCAGCCACUCAUUCUCCUUCUACUCCCAAUCUUUCAUUUCAUGGAUGUGACAAGUCAUUUAAGGAUCAUGUGAUGAGUUUUAUGCAUGGGCCUGGCAAGGUGCAAGUAUACUUAUCAGACGAAGAUGAUGAUACAACAGCAGCCUUGAGCAGUGACAGCAACAAAACACUAGCACCCUAUCGAGGUAUUGACAUGUGGACAACAUGCUCUGAAUGCAAUGCAACGACCAAGCGCCUACCGAUAUCGAUUGCAACCUAUCAUUAUUCAUUGGCCAAGUUCAUGGAAUUGCUUCUUUACGACAGGCAUUUUACACUCAACGUUGCCGGUGUUACCAAUGCAUUGUGUGCUCAUGCACAGCAGAGCAAAACGGCACUCAUUCGAUGUUUUAAACCACAUGGAAGCACCAUUUCUGUAAGGAUGACAUACGAGCCGAUUACACUGUAUGAGCUGAGACCACCUCGAUUACAAGUCAUGCCCGAUACAACCACACCUUGGCGUAGAGGUUCUGGAAGUAAAGAUGAUAAUACAGCGAUACGACGACGAUUGGCUCUUUCUCAACGCACACUUGAUAAAUGGAAGACCAUGAUCGCCACGGAGGUGGAUGAAUUCUUCGAUGCUGUUGCUGCUCAUAUCGAAGUGAUGGAGCGAUAUAUCCAAGCCGAAUCCAAGCGUGAACAGCGUGAUACUGGCAAUACAGGACGUCCAUUGGGCGAGAUACAACAACAAUUGCGUGCAAGGGAGAGUGAAUUAGGCCAAAUGCGUCGCUUAUUUCUUGAUGUUCAACGCAGUGCUUUGGUUCACGAAUUGAACGAUACACCAAUGGAUCAGCUCAAUGAUUUCAGACGCUUUUUUGCUGUGCGAAGUUCAUCCGUGCUAUCACAAUUAUCACAAUGGCAAGAGAAAUGGUGUCAUGACCUGAUGGAUGGUUGUGCAUGGAAUCCACCGGAUUACAUCGAGUCCGAUCGAGUGCAUUCAUUCCCUGGGUCAAGCGUCGUUGUACGUGAAGAUGAGCCAUCGUCGCUUAUUGCAUACACCUUAAGUUCAAACGAGUAUUUGGAUGAGCUUCAACAUCAAAGGAGUGUUGACGACAAUCUUCGUGGAUCCACCGUAGCAGAAAAUGCACCUUCUGAGCCAUCUGAUGCAUCGGCGCAUAUACCAAAGCCAUCCAAAGACCCGAAUGUUGUGGAUCGAUACCAUUCCAUCAUUACCAGAAAGUACGUUGCUCCUACCACAGGUGCCUCAAGUGAAACAGCUUCCUUUCGUUCAAUGGUGAUUGAGACUGUCAAAGCAAAUGCAGAAGAGUUGCAUUAUCAGCAAUCCAGGAAGAUGCAGGGCAUUAAGCACAAGCUAUCUCAUGUGAUUUCCAGUGCCAACAAAAGAAAAGAGGAGAAUGGUGAAGAUGUACAACAACGCAUUAUCCUUGGUGAUCCAUCAUCCACCCAUCAUCAUCAUCAUCAUUCAACCACUGCUGGCGGUGACAAUGGCAAGAUCACGAUGGAGGAGAUAAAAAAGACUAUAUCCAACCAUGAGACCAAGCCUUUACCAAAGGAGCCUGAUGAACCUGAAUGCACAAGAAGAAUCAGCCCUCAUAUCAAGCAUAAGUUUACUCAUAACGACGUGGAGUUCACUUGUACCACCUAUUAUGCUCAAGAAUUUGAGAAUUUACGUCGACAGAGCGGCAUCGACCAAUUGCUGGUUCAAUCAUUGACACGCUGUACAGCUUGGAAAGCAUCCGGUGGAAAGAGCAAGAGUCAUUUUUACAAGACACAAGAUGACCGAUUCGUUAUCAAGGAAAUGGUGAAUGCUUGGAACAACAUUGAAAAGGAAUCGAUUCUCAAGUUUGCACCAAAGUAUUUUGAGCACAUGCAGCGUUCAGAGGAUACGCCAAGCAUGCUUGCCAAGAUAUUUGGGUUUUACACGAUUCGCAUACGAAGCCUUGAGGAUAAACGUGUAUUGCUUAAUCUGGACGUGUUGGUCAUGGAGCAUCUCUUUUAUGGAGCAACGCCACAGAUAACACAGCGCUUCGAUUUCAAAGGAUUACGCGAUCGCCAUGUGGAAGAGUGCCUCAAGCAGCCACACCAACAAAAGAGUGAUACGACCUUGUGGGACGGUGACUGGAUGGAAGGUUUUCGUCUCACGAUGCCUGUGCAUGAGCAUUCCAAACAAUUACUCAAGAAGGCUAUUAUGAAUGAUACCGAGUUCUUGGCUAGCAGAAACAUUAUGGAUUACUCUUUACUUCUUGGGAUCGAUGAAACGAAAAAGGAAUUGACCGUGGGCAUUGUAGACUUCAUUGGUGCUUACACCUGGUAUAAGAAAAUGGAGAACAAGAGCAAAUCAACAUUGCAUCCAUACAAGGAAGUAACGGUCGUUCCACCGGAGCAAUAUCGAUGGAGAUUCUGUCGUAUCGUUGACGAUUACUUUGUUACUGUUCCUGGCAAGUUCGAUUUGAUUCAGCCAAACCAAAUGUUCUUGGCUGCAUGGAUUUGA